GCGGGGGCGCGAUACUGGUAGCUCCGACACCAGAACUUGGGACUGUGGAGCGGGCCUGGAAGGAGCUGGAAAUAACCGAGGGGUAGCCUGGCAGGGGGCUCCCGGCUUCUGUGCUCUCCAGGGCCAGCUCCUGAGUGUGCAUGGGAGGAUCGUCCCCCUGUACUGGGCGCUGGUGAGGCCCCACUUUGAAUCCUGUGUUCAGGUUUGGGCCCGUCACUACAAGACAGACGUUGAGGUGCUGGAGAGAGUUCAGAGAAGGGCAACAAAGCUGGUGAAGGGUCUGGAGCACAAGUCUGAUGAGGAGCGGCUGAGGGAACUGGGGCUGUUUAGCCUGGAGAAAAGGAGGCUGAGGGGAGACCUUAUUACUCUCUACGACUACCUGAAAGGAGGUUGUAGCAUGGAGGGUGUUGGUCUCUUCUCCCAAGUAGCAAGUGAUAGGACAAGAGGAAAUUGCCCCAAGUUGUGCCAGGGGAGGUUUAGAUUGGACAUUAGGAAAAAUUUCCUCACAUAAAGGCUUAUGAAGCAGUGAAACAGGCUGCCUAGAGAAGCAGUUGAGUCACCAUCCCUGGAGGUGUUUAAAAGAAAUGUAGAUGAGCUUCUUAGGGACACAGUUUAGUGCCAGUGUUAGGUUAAUGGUUGGACUCUAUGAUCUUGACAGUCUCUUCCAACCCAAAUGAUUCUAUAUGACUGGGGGCUCCCUAAGGCAAGACACCCACCUCUCCAUGUGUCACUCCCUGCCCGAGGGCAGAGCUGGCUGCCUGUAUUCUGUCCCCCCCAGCCUGUGACCCCAGUGCAGACCAGCUGCCUGUUUGAGCAGGGAUGCUAAGCGGAAGCCCUGUUGAGUCCAUCCUACUGCAUGAGCCAAGGGAGCUGAGCAGAGCAGCCUUAGGGCAGGAAUGGGGCAGCCUCCUGCACCCCCAAAUUGCUGCAGUGGAAGCUGCAAGUCACAAAUCCGAGAGAGUCAGUGAUACUGAUCCAGUGUAUACUAGUGCGUAUAUACUAUAUAUAUACGUAUAUAUGUGCUAUAGAAGGAUGUGAAACAGUUUUCAGAGGAUCAGGCGUGAUCAGCUUGAGAUCAAAAGAUGGAGACACAAGUAUGGCCAAGGCAUCCACAGGCAGCCAAUGUCUGUGUAAUUACCAUCCUCAUUACACUACCAACAAUGCCAUUAAGUGUCAUUAGGUUUAACUCGGUUCCCUAGGACUUUCUGAUUAAUUGGAUUACCCAAUUAAGCAGACCACAAUUAAAGGGAAGAUAUUGUCAUAAAAGCCUUAAUUGUCCAACUUUUUUCCUGUUGAGUAGCUCUGAGUGUUCAAUACACCAUUAAGAAACUCAUCAUCCGGUUUCCUCAACAGUGGGUUUUGGGUUUUUUCUGCUUUUUUUUUUCUUGUUCCAUUAGCAUCCAUUUGCUGUGAGCGUCAUUUCAGACAGCUCUAACACCGAGUGGGCAUUUUGUUUCACAAAGCCCAUGCACAAGUUUACUUUGCAGCGCUAUAAACCACCGUAGGUGGUGUUUAGCAGAUGGAGUUUUUCAUGGAAGGUGACUGGUAAAGAAAAAUGAAAGCCAAACCUUGCACAAUAUUUUGUUACUGUAUAAAGAAAAGCCAGAUUCUGCAAAUACUUCGCCACAUGCUUCGCUUUAACCAUACAGACAGUGCCAAGCUUCAUUUUAAUGGUUUUUUUCUUUGUGCGUCGGUGAUGCUAAAGUGAUAGCUCAUUUCUCUCCCCUCCUUCAUCGCCACAGCGGUGCUGGCAUGAAUGUCCGUCUGUCCCUUGGCAAUCCAAGCGGGGGAAACAAAUCCCAAAUAAAAAUUCCUCCGCGACACACAUGGGCUAUUUGUGAUGCUGAGCUGUUCCUGGUCCCCUUUGCUGUGUGGGGACAGCAGCCAGUGAUGGGGAGCAGAAGCUGCCGGCGCUGGCUCUGAGGUACGUGAAAUGUCAUCACACUCCGAGCUCCUGGCUUUUGGUGAAAAAGGAACAAGAGGCCUGGCAGCACCAGAGCUUUUGCGCUGCUUUGGCCAGCAAUCUGGGCCUGCAGGGGGCACACAGUUUGUUGGAUAUAUGCAAAAAACAAAAGGCACAUUUUCUACUCUAUUAUUUCACCAAAAAUCGAAAAGGCCUAGGCCAGGAGAGAAUAUGACCCUUUUGGGAGAAAAACACUCUCCUUCAAAAGAAAAUGAACACAUUCUCCAGCUGAAGCCUGAGAAAAUUGUCAUCAGAUCUUUGAGUAGUCCUCCAGAUAAAAAUAUGAACUGAACAUGUGAUGGCUUUUAGUUAGAAGAUCCAAUAUGAACAAGUUGGGCCUUCUUUGCACAGCAAGUCCAACUUUUUUAUUAUCACAUUCCUCCUUAGAAAAAUGGAUACUGCCUCUAAAACUAGAGGAAAAAAAUAGGAAAAAGUGCUUCAGAUGGGAUUGAAAACUGUGGUCUGAAGGAGUUUCAUUGCUGGGUUAUUAAUCAAAAUGUAGUUAUGGUGAAUAAAAGCAUUAUUUCUUUAGAUUUAUGUGUGGGACUACAGUGGGUCCAUGGAUUCCCUGGUGGAGGGCAUGGGGACAGAAAUUAGCCUUGAAGAUAUUAAGGCCUACCCAUGAGAAGGAUGGGAGUGCGGGGGUGUCUGGGGAUGUUGAAGAUGUGCUCGUGGGAGAGAAGGGAGUGGGGGAGUGGCAUUGAUGGUGGCAAGGGUAGCCGGUGAGAUGUUGCUGCUGUGACUUGUAACCAACCAUGAAGAGACACAUGAAUUGGUAAAACUAUAUAAAAAUGCACUUGUGGCAACACUACUACUUUCAUCCUGGAAGAACUUGGUCUAUGUCAUUUGUCCGUCUCAACCGCGACACAUUUAAAAUAUCCAGGGCUCCAAGUACCAAACAUCUGGUUAAUACAGUCAGAUCACAGCAGCACUGAAGUGGUCCCAUCAUAGGAUCUCAGCUGGCCAGAUGCUGCAGAGACAGCUUUUCAUGGCCAGAAGCAGCCUGUGCUGGCACCUCCAGGCCUGUGGACCUCUCUGGAGGUCAGGUGCAGGGAGAUGCAGCAGCCACAUGACAGGAGAAGGGAGACUGCAGGGCAGCAACAGGCUCUGUGCUUGGGAGAAACACUACAACCCCUGGGCCAGAUGUGGCAAUAAAACCAAUUCUGAGUUCUUGGCACAUUCUCCUCACGCAGCUUUGGUGGCCUGUGUCAAAUGAAUCGCUAGUCUCAGUCUUAACAGGCAACUUAGGAUCCGAGGGAAUGGCAGGAAGAUAUACCAAGGGAGGUUUAGGUUGGACAUUAGGAAAAGGUUCUUCCCCCAGAGGGUGGUGGAGCACUGGAACAGGCUCCCCAGGGAGGUGUCACGGCCCCAAGCCUGACAGUGUUCAAGAAGAGACUGGACAAGCCCUCAGACACAUGGUGUGAAUUUUGGUGUUGUCCUGUGCAGGGACAGGAGUUGGACUCAAUGAUCCUUGUGAGUCCCUUCCAACUCAGGACAUUUAAUGAUUCAGAGACCCAUAUGCCCAUACUUUUCAGUCAAAGACCAGGUUGGGAGGGCCAAGUGACCUCAGAUCAACAUGUCUCUUUAUUUUGUGGUGGGAAUUCCCCUUGACGUCUGCACAGGGAAGCCCAUCAAUCCUGACAAAUCCCCAUCUCCUCUGGGCUGGGGGCUCUUCCAUGUCCAAUUUCUGCACAUCCUUCCAGCAGCUCUCCUUGAUGCUAAGAAAAGGCUGUGGUAACCUUGCUCCCAGUUGAAGUUUACUCUGGUCCCUCUUCAAAACACAGGCUCACCAAGGCACAGAAAGAUUCCUGUUUUUUACAGAGAGGUGCAGCAAGAUGGGACAUUGACCUACUCCUGGCGAGCAACGGAGCAACCUUACCUGCAGAGCUGCCUUUGCCAUCGCAGCCACCUUCUCACUUCUGUCCCUUGAAACCUCAAGAUGGGAACUCAUACAAAGACCCAUGUAUGGUCCCUGACUCUCUCCUGAAGUCUAGCACAUUAUAAAUGAGGCUGCCGACCUCUCCGUGCAGACUGCAACACUUGUCCAAACUAACAGACAUCUAAAUGCAGGAAGUGAAAUUCAGACUUAAACGAAGGAAGCACAGGACCCCUGUCACCGCAAGACUAAUUGCUUAUACAAGUAAAGCCCCCAAAGACUGCAUCUCUGAUGGGAUUAACAGAGCAGACUGGCUGUCAGCAAACAUCACCUCCCUGGAGGCCCAGGGAAGCUGGAGGAGGGAAGAGCGUGCAGAAGCAAGGAGAUGACUCAGAGGGAGCCCUGGCUCUCUGCAGAGUUGGGUGCAGAUGCAGCAAACCCACAUCCACAGUGAAACCCCUCAGCCACCAACUUCCCUAAGCACAGGCAGCUGUGCACAGGUGCUGCUGAGCUCCAGAUGUUUCCCAUUAGCAAUGGUGUGGGGUGGUUAUAAAUGCACCAGGGCAGGAGAGGGGUUGUCUGUGGGGCACCUGGUCACUGUUUGGGGCACCCUCUGCUUUUACAGUUGUAGGCCAGUAUCAGCUAUACCUGUUCCAUUUCAUAUGGUGAAAUGGAUGACUGGGACAACAGUGAUGAAUUCAUUCAGAAGCUGGAUUUUUCCAGCUCUGAUGAAGAGAGUGAAGACAGAAGUGUACAUGUGGAGGAUGCCCUGAGCUCCAGCCCACCCCGGAGCUGCGAGUUCCAGAAGUGGCAAGAGAGCAGUCCUCUGCCAGCAAGCCCUCAGAGAAAGCUCAGUGAGAUCUUCCUGAGCAGGACAAAAGCUUGGGUGAGUCCCACCCUGAAGACUUCCCCGGCUGUGAGCAAGAGCAGAGGUAAUGCUGAGACACCGCUGCACGUCACCUGGAAAAAGCUGCAGCUGUGUGACACCCCAUACACUCCCAAGAGCCUGUUAUCAAAGGCAGCUUUUCCUUCACAUGAGACAAAGGUCCCACCUAAAGGCUUCCGACAUCUGAGAUUUACUCCCGGUGCUGACUCGGAUGACUCUACCCAAGCCUCUCUUGUCAACAUUAAUCCCUUUACACCAGAGUCAUAUCGACAAAUGCUCUUUCCUCCUAAUGGCAAGCGGAAGACCAGAGGAGAGCUGAGGGAUCCUGAUCCAAGAAACCAGAUAAAACAGGAGCUACCUACAAAGAGAUGUCCUUUGAAAGAGAGCAACAUGGUUUCCCGCUACAAGAAGGAGUUUCUGGAACUAGAAAAGAUUGGUGUGGGGGAAUUUGGCUCUGUCUACAAAUGCAUCAAACGCCUUGAUGGGUGUGUUUAUGCCAUCAAACGCUCCAAGAAGCCUCUGGCAGGAUCCUCAGAUGAGCAGCUGGCACUGCGUGAGGUUUAUGCUCAUGCUGUCCUUGGACACCACCCUCAUGUUGUGCGCUACUACUCGGCAUGGGCAGAGGAUGAUCACAUGAUUAUCCAAAAUGAGCACUGCAAUGGUGGGAGCCUCCAAGACAUGCUGCUGGAAAAUGCGAAGCUUGGCCAGUAUUUCCCAGAAGCUGAGCUGAAAGAGAUAUUGUUACAAGUCUCCAUGGGGCUAAAAUAUAUCCACAACUCUGGCCUUGUGCACCUGGAUAUCAAACCUAGUAAUAUCUUCAUCUGUCACAAGCUGGCAGUUGCGGGCCCUGCUGGGCAGGAAGAUAGUGACAGUGAAGAUGAAUUUUCUUCUGGUGUGGUGUAUAAGAUAGGUGACCUUGGCCAUGUGACAUCCAUAACAAACCCCCAGGUGGAGGAAGGAGACAGACGAUUUUUGGCCAAUGAGAUUUUGCAAGAGCAAUACUGCUGUUUGCCCAAGGCAGACAUCUUUGCCCUGGCACUCACAGUAGCUCUAGCAGCUGGCACAGCACCACUGCCUCACAAUGGGGCCAUGUGGCACCACAUCCGCAAAGGCAAUCUCCCACCCAUCCCCCAGAAGCUUCCUCAUCGUUUUCUUGAGCUCCUUAAGCUCAUGAUCCAUCCUGACCCAGUGGAAAGACCUUCUGCCACAGCUCUUACUAAACAUCCGGUUCUCUGUCCUUCACGUGGAAAAGCUGUGCAGCUCCAGAAGCAGCUAAAUGUGGAGAAGUGCAAGACAGCCAUGCUGGAAAGGGAACUUAAAGCAGCUCGCCUUGCCCAGACCCUCAUGAAGGACCAGCCCUUAGGAAGUGCCAAGUUGCAAGAGUCUGAAACCUCUUCUAAGCAGAACAGCAAACGCCUGGUGGGAGGGAAGAGCUGUCGCUCAUUUAGCUUUACUUUGGGUUACUGAAUUUACGUGUUGUCCGAAAAGCUCUGGCUGCUGAAUGGCCCUGUGAAAGCAGAGGGACUGCACAGACCAAUGCCCCAUAUUCGUUCUCCCUGUCGUGGUUUUUGGUUCCCUCACUAGUUAUGAUGAGAUGCUGGCUGAGGGAAGAAUGACUAUCUUAGAAGUGUCAUAAUGGGAUUUAAGAUUAUUGUCCUCAGUCUUUUACCUGUUUACUUUAUUGUGUAACUGGUCUUGUUCUAGACUAAGAAUAGGUUUGCCAUACAAGGUAAAAGAUGGCAUUUCCUCUACUCGCUGCCUUCUUUGUUUAGUUGGGCCCUAUUAUUGAUGAUGUAUUUGUGGUCUUAACCCUCUGGCCACCUGUGUGUCUUUGCAGGGGAGGUAGUGGCUGUAUGUGGAGAUGGCAUCUGGAGCUGGGUCCUCCCAGGAGUGAGGAGGUUGGGACUAUAGUAGACAGUUUCAACUACACGUCAGGAGACAGACUGGUUACAUAGCAGUCCUGGUGGGCUCAGGAUGCAAUUGGAGUGAUGUUUUACUGAGGGGGAUGAAGAGUAAAAGGAACAGAGUUAAACAAGGCCUUUCUUGUGGAAGUUGAAGAAACUUUCAACUUCCAGCAAUGAGCACAAAGUCAUAUGACUGACUAUCACAGACCAGUUGCUGAUACUUAGUUUUAUGUUGUUUAGGAAGGACUCCUCACUGAAAUUGGGGUAAAUACCUGUGGUGAGCUGUUAGGUCGGUCUGUGCCUACUGCCCUUGCACCUUGCUGGUGCAACCGCCUGUGAACUGUUGCCUGUCAGCAAAGGCGAGGCAAAUAGGAAAAGGCUCUUUAGGCUUUUUUGUCAGUUUCAAGUUGUGCAUGUGAAGUGUCUAUAUAUUUAUUAAUUUAACUUUCGGAGUCCUUGCCAGAUGCGUGGCUGUGCUAGUUGUGUUGAACAGUGUAUUGUUAUGAGGGAGAGUGUAAUGUUGGGAACUCGCUUAUUCUCAGGUUUUACUGAAGUUUGGUUUUAAGCGUUGGACAGUGCUGGCUUUUAAAUUGUUACAGCCUAUAUUUAAGAAGCAGAAACUGCCAAUAAAGAUUUUAAUCCUUUUA